AUGCCGCGGUUCUCUCUGGUCUUGGUAGUCGUGCUCACUGCCGCGGCAGCGUCGUCGUGCCACGCCGCGGUCGAUGCGAAGAUCGUGGACGGCCUCCGGGUGGGGUUCUACAAUCAGACAUGCCCCGACGCCGAGAGCACCGUUCGCGACAUCGUCAACGCCGACAUGACGAACGACCCCACCAUCGCCGCGGGCAUCAUCCGCAUCUUCUUCCAUGACUGCUUCGUCAAGGGAUGCGACGCGUCCAUUCUUCUGGACGAGACGCCGACGACAGGGGAGGAAACGGAGAAGGACUCGCCGGCGAACGGGUUCACGCUCAAUGGGCUGAGCACCAUCGACGUCGCCAAAUCGACCAUCGAGUCCCUCUGCCCGCGCACCGUCUCCUGCGCCGACAUCCUCGCCUUCGCGGCCCGCGACUCCACCGUUGCUACAGGUCACCCCGGGUACGCCGUCGCGGCGGGCCGCCGGGACGGCCGGACCUCGUUCAAGUCCAGCCUCCCAGGCAACCUUCCUGGGCCGAGCCAGAACGCAGCUGAUCUCACCAAGGUGUUCGCCGGGAAGGGCAUGUCCCAGGAGGACAUGGUGGUGCUCUCCGGCGCGCACUCCAUUGGCGGCGCCCACUGCUUCAUGUUCUCCGACCGCCUGUACAACUUCUCCGAAGGCACCGACAUGGACCCGGCCAUGGAUCAAGGCUACGCCAGGCAGCUCCGGAACGUCUGCCCGGCGCCGGGCCGCGCCGACAACGACCCGGAGAGCGCCCCCAAGGUGGCGUUCGACGCGCGGACGGAGCAGAGGCUCGACAGCUCGUACUACAAGGAGCUGCUUGCCGGGCGCGGGCUGCUGUCGUCCGACAACGCGCUGGUGGACGACCCGACGACGCGGGCGACGGUGGAGCAGCUGGCGAGCGACGUCGCACUAUUCCACCGCAAGUUCGGGGAGGCGAUGCAGAGGCUUGGCAUGGUGGACGUGCUCGUGGGCGAGGGGCAGGGGGAGGUCCGGCUGGACUGCCGUUCGGUGAACAGCCCGAGGGCGGAGGUGUCAUCGACGCUGCCGAGUUUCUUCUUAGAAGAACGGAAGGACGCAACGCAGCACUGCUGCAUGCAGCCAUAG